AUGGCCGAUCGCGAACAGCCCUACGACCCGUACAUCCCAUCUCAGUCGAAGCCUGCAGGUCAGGAUGGUCCGGCUGCGGGAAACCAGAGGACGGCGGCACUGCAAGCUCAAAUCGAUGACACCGUCGAUGUGAUGCGGGAGAACAUCAACAAGGUCUCCCAGCGCGGUGAGCACCUCGACUCCCUACAAGACAAGACCGACAACCUGGCUGUUUCCGCACAGGGCUUCCGCAGGGGAGCCAACCGCGUGAGGAAGCAGAUGUGGUGGAAGGACGUCAAGAUGCGCAUAUGCUUGAUCGUCGGUAUCAUCUUACUGCUCAUCGUCAUCAUAGUUCCAAUUGUCGUAACGAAGAAUAAGUGA